GAGCCUUCUCUUCUUCCAUGUGACGAUCGUGCAUGCUGUGUGCAGCUAUGGGCAGCUCAGGAUUGUGGAACUGGACCUCUUACCAGAGCCUGGCCACACUGGUCAGCCUCAUGCUUGCUAUGCUGUUCUGCAGAGUUACACAAUCUAGAGGGGUCCUUGAAAACUUCCAGAGGUUUUCAGCACCAUCAACAUAUCUACCUGUAAACUAUCGAAUAACAACAGCAGAAACUGCCUUUCUCAUGAAGGAGAACAACCAGGAUUUUAUUAGGAAUUCUAGCUUGCAAUCAAGAGUAGAGUCUUUCUUCAUUCAUAAAUCGAGAAGAACUCCAAUCCUGAAUGCUAGCUAUGGACCUUUUUUUGCUGAGCGUGACAUUUCAGAAGACCUUCUGUUGUCCUCUCGGGUAUUUGCAUCCAACAAGUUUACUUUCAACUGGAAACUGAAAACGUAUCUAAUUAAUGAUAAGGUAUACCCCAACAAACCAAAAGUACAAGUUCUAUUCUAUAUUGCUGGUAGAGACUGGGAUGAUUAUAGUGACACAGAAAGGCUUCCAUGUCUAAAGUUGUUUGCCUUUCGAGAAACCAGGGAGGCAAAAGGGAGCUGCAGGUUGCAAGGAAUUCUGGGAUUAUGUGUAGCAGAACUUGAAUUCCAGCCCUCCUGGUUUACUUCACUCCCUGUUGUUACAGGCCGUAAGAGAAACCCAGAGCAGUCUGAUGGUAUACCUGUGGAGCUUUACUAUAGCAUACAUUCAGAAGAUGAGAAAGCAGAGUGCACAGCUGAGGAAGCAAGAAAGGGGAAUUCCAUCCGCCCCGGUAGAGACCAAGGGGAAGAUUCCAUUUCUCACUUGCAGAGGAUUGCUACUAUAACGAUAUAUCGUAACCCAGAAAAUUCUCAGCUUACAGAGCUCAGGUUGGACAGCAAUGUUGCUCUCUGGUUACCAUCAAAACCUACCAAACAAGGGGAAGUCUUGCAUGUAUAUGUCACAGUUGCUAACAAUUCAACACUGGAUCAGUUUACACUAAGGGCCAAGGUGAAGAAAGGUGUCAACAUUCUCAAUGUGAAGAUCAGUGACGCCCGGCGGUGGGAUGCUAAGCAAGAACUGGGAAAUGGAGGAAAACAUUCCACCACCACUGUGGCCUGUCAAAGAAUAGGACCAAGCCCUCGCAACAGGAGUAACAGCCUUUUUACAGAGGUCAUACAGAUGAGCUUUGAGAUUACCAGUUUCAGCAGCCUUUCCGGUACUCAGCCCAUCUCCUGGCAGCUGGAAUAUACUGGAAAACCCACAACUGAUCUGGUUCUGUCUGAGGUCUUCAUUAGUCAGAAGGAUAUUCAGGGAAUUGUCCCUCUCUCUAUGGACACAGAGAUUUUAAAUACUGCUAUUCUUACGGGGAAAACGGUGGCUGUACCAGUUAAAGUUGUUUCAGUUGAAGAAGAUGGAUCUGUAAUGGAUAUAUCUGAACUGGUGGAAUGCAAGUCUUCUGAUGAGGACGUUGUCAAAGUUUCAGAAAGAUGUGACUAUGUUUUUGUCAAUGGAAAAGAGAUGAAGGGCAAGGUUGGCGUAAUGGUGAACUUCACAUACCAAUAUCUGAGUGCACCUCUGCAGAUUACCAUCUGGGUUCCUCGACUGCCUCUGCAGAUAGAUAUCUCUGACACUGAACUCAGCCAGAUUAAAGGAUGGAGAGUGCCCAUUAUUUUCAACAGGAGACCCACAAGAGACAGCGAUGAUGACGAUGACGAUGAGCGCAGAGGAAGAGGUUGCUCACUACAGUACCAACAUGCAAUGGUUCGGGUUCUUACUCAGUUUGUAGCUGAAGAACCUGGUCCUCUUGGACAGCUUGUUUUUCUAUUGGGUUCUGAUUGGCAGUUUGAUGUGACAGAUUUGGUGACAGAUUUCAUGAAACUGGAAGAGCCGCAUGUUGCAAAACUGCAAGAAGGAAGAAUACUGAUUGGGCGGGAAGUUGGAAUGACCACAAUACAGGUGAUGUCCCCUCUCUCCGAUUCCAUCCUGGCAGAAAAGACAGUGACAGUGCUAGAUGACAAAGUGACAAUAACAGACAUCGGAGUGCAACUUGUCUCCGGACUGUCACUCUACCUUCAGCCCGGCACAGCAAAUAACAAGGCUGUUGUAGCCACCUCCGUGGCCCAGGAACUGCUGCACACUCCCAAACAGGAAGCAGUGGUCAGUGUCUGGAUACAGUUCAGUGAUGGAGUUGUAACACCCCUUGAUAUUUAUGAUUCCAAAGACUUUUCCAUUUUUGCUACAUCCCUUGAUGAAUCCAUUGUCUCCACUCACCAAAGUAGUUUAAUAAAAUUGCCCGUAGUGAUAGCAGAAGGGGAAGGACAAGGAGCUCUGGUGAAAGUAGACUUCAUGAUUUCUGAAUCUUGCCAAAAGUCAAAAAGAAAAAGUGUUCUUGCUGUAGGAAAUGGAUAUAUCAAAGUCAAGUUUGGGCAAAAUGAUGCAAUUUCUCCUGGUGAGCGUGAGUAUGAUGAGGAGGAAAUUGAGAAUCACACCAGUGACCGCAAACAGAAGAUUACAGACAAUGACCGUUAUGGUAGUGAUGGAAGGUUUGAUGACUCUGUUCUAGAACAUGAUAAAAGUGCAAUACGAAAAGGUAGCACUACUGCUAGAUCGGUGUUAAACAAUAGGAUGUAUGGAAACAGAUUUUCUGAAGAUAGCCCUCUGCAAAACAUCCCAAUAGAUUUUACCAAUUUUCCUGCCCAAGUAGACUUACCGAAAAGCAAUGGAGAGGCAGAAGACAGUGACCUUAUGCAAGCACACAGAGGCUUAAGUGAUCUGGAGAUUGGAAUGUAUGCAUUACUUGGGGUUUUCUGUCUUGCCAUACUAGUCUUCCUAAUUAACUGUGCCACAUUUGCUCUGAAAUAUCGUCACAAGCAAAUGCCAGUAGAAGGACAAGCAAACUUGACUCACUCUCAUGACUGGGUGUGGUUGGGUAAUGAAACAGAGUUACUGGAAAGCACACCAGAUGUAUCCCCACAGCAGGAUGAGCACACCACCAUUAUAGACCAUGGGAUUUCCUUAGAAGAGAGUCAUCAUCUUUUCAAUGGUAACACUCAGAAGAAUGUGCAAAGCCACCCACAUCGAUCAGGAGAAGAAACUGAAAAACCAUUGAAAAACAAGAAAAACGAUCCCUUACAUUCCCCAACUUCAAAGAGAAAGCGAGUAAAAUUUACUACCUUUACCACAAUCCCAGCUGAUGACAGUUGUCCAACAGUCAAGUCAUUAUUGACAGCCAAUGAAGAUGAUAUUAAAUGGGUGUGCCAAGAUAUGGACAUAGGAGAAUCCAAGGACCUCAAAAACUAUAUGCAGAAGUUUAAAGAUAAAAUAUAAACAGCCAAGU